AUGUCGCAACGAAGGUCGAGACAAGCACGAGAUACCGCCAAGGAUAUUAUUUUGGGUGUUGCGUAAGUUUUUUUUUUAUUUUCAGGAAAAAUUGUAUAAAGACAGUUACGGAAUUCAUUCAAUUGUAAAUUUUCGAUUUUUUUCUUUUUGAAUGAAGUUGGUUUGCUAUAUUUUCUCACGAAUCUUGAGCAAAAAAUAAUUCAAGUUUUAAUUUUAAAAUGUAUGCUCUACAAUGCAAUUACGCUAGGAUAGAUUAGAAAAAAUAUUAUAAAAACUGCAAUUUUUUCUAAAACAUUUUUUGAGAAAUUUGAAACACCGAUAUCUUUAACCAAACUUGUCUACUGAAAUGUUUCAAUUAUUAAAACCGAAGGUGCACGUUUUUGUGAGUUGAACACGUAUAUAACUAUUUCGCAAUUGAAUUAUGUCAAAAAUUCAAAUGCAAACCAUCAACCAACGUUUCAAAUGAAUUUUUAAGUUUGAAAUAACAAUUAUAUGUGAUUCAAUCGGAAGAUUUUUCUUCAUUUUCAUGAAUAUUCAGCUCAAAAAUUGUGUAUCUUUAUCAAAAAACAUUCAAAACAUGAAUUUCGCAUACAGAAUUGUAUUCCUAUUGAUAGUGCACAAAUAAAAUACUUUAAACAAUCCUUAUUUACCUUCAGAAUCUUCAUUUUCCAUAAAAAUCUCUAAAAAAUUAAAUAAAUUCCAAGAUAUUGAUCCAAGUAAAACGACAACAGCUCGAGAAAUAUUGUGUGUUUUUGAGAGAGCGGAGAUAAAAAGAAAUGGGUCUCAAAACGCCCCCCUUUCAUGUUAGGUGGAUGCUUGAAAAUUAUUUUUUCCUCUUGAUUUUAUUUUUACUUUUAGACCGUCUGGACAAGUGCCAAAACAACCAAAAGAAGGUGUUCAAUACACCCCAAAGGUGAGUUUUAAUUAGUUAAUUACUGUUUCGUAAUUAUUUUUAAAAAUCGCAAGAAGCAUGCGCAUUUUCUAACAAAAACUUAAGAUUCGUUCAAAUUCUUAUGAUGUGAUACCAAAUUCUCGUCGGGUAAUCAGGAAAGAAGUUGUGCCUGCUGUGAAAAAAUUUUGAGUUUUCUAUAUAUUUUCUUUGAUUCUUUUUUAUUUUUGUGUUUGAAUGAAAUCCUGUGUUAUUUUAAGCAAAACAAUGAAAAACCACGGGAUGAUGGACAACUUCAGCGAUUGCAAACACAGUUGUCACAAAUGCAGCAGCAAAAUCGGGAUUUAGCAUCAGCUGAGAAAGUUGGUUGAUUUUUUUACUACCUGAAAUUGUUGUAACACACCUUUUAUUUUUCUUUUAUGAUAUGAAGUGUGAUUUGAUUUUUUAUUUUAAACUUAACCGCAUCUCAUAAUUUUUCUAACUAUAGGCUGCUAGAAAACGCUUGGAAGACAAUCAAAAUGCUCUGCAACGAAAACUAUUAGACACUCAGCAAUCUGGGUUACAAUCGAGGGAUUUGGAUGAUGUUCGUAGACAAGUUAAUAGUAUGGAUGCAAAAAUGAUGCUGCUGAAUAAUGAUUUAUCCGGAUUGAGGAACACGUUAGAUCGACAAGUUACUGAUUUGAUGCAAAUCAAUAAUGAGAUGAAAAGUAGACCAGUCGUAGAUCCAUCAGUAAGUGUUUUCGAACAAGGUUUUGAGAGUGAAAUUGUAAUGUAUAAAAUCAAAAUUUAGCUUUAAUGACCUUCUUUGAUUAUCCAAAUUCUUAUUCAGAUCCGAAUAUCCAAUCAUAAGUUGUUUUUUCAGAAAAUCUCCACAACCACAACUCAACUUGACAAUAAAAUACGAGACAUGCACAAUCAAGUGAUGGAGCUCCAGAAAAAUCUAACCAGAGAGCAACGAGAUCGAGAAAAAGAUUCGAAAUUGGCCAGUGAUGGAAUAGCUAAACUUCAAGAUAUUAUUCGACAACAAGAUUUAGCUAGACAAGACAUCAUGACAAAUUUAUCAAAAAAGGGAGAUGUUGAUAAGGUUUUUUCUUUUUUUUUUGCGACAAAAACACAAAGAACUAUACAUAUUUAUCAAAAUUUUCAGGAAAAAUUGAACGAAGAAACUCGACGAUUGAAUGAUAAGAUCAAUUUGAUAACCGCAGAGGUUACGAAGAAAAUGAGUGAAAGUCAGCAAAAAAUGAAAGAUGAUUUAGCAGGUAGAAUCGCAAUUUUGGAAAAUGUUAGUAACUUGUUUAUAAAAUUGAGAACACCUGAUGAAACGUUUUUCAGAUGAUCCGCGCACAAACUGAAAGAUUUGCUGAAAAUGAAAAAGAUUCAAGACUUCAUUAUGAAACCAGAUUGAAUGACUUCGAAGAACAACUUCAAGUUCUCAUAAAACAAAUUACUAGCGAAAAAGCCAAGCAAAAGGAGAGAUUUUCAAAAGUAAAUGAAGCCUUGGCAGCUUUGGAGCAUCAUUUGGAGCUUGGAAACAGCAAGAUAGAUAAAUUGAUGGGGUCUGAAAUUCAAGCAAGGAAGUUGCACGAAAAGGGAUUGUUGACAAAAAUGAUCGAAAUUGAAGAUAAAUUGAAUAAUUAUAUGGGUGGAAUGAGUAAAUCUAUUGAUGAAGUAAGAAAUGGUAGAAAUAAUGUGCAAGUGCCAUCGUUGGAUACUGAUGCGGUAAGGUUAUUGGGAAUUGGACUAUUUUGAUUUAUAUAAUGUUAUAGAAACAUUUUUGUUUUCCAGUUUUGAAUAAACCCCAAUUCCAAAAAAAAAAUCUUAUUUUCCAGCUCCGUCGAGAAAUGGAAGCAAUCGCUGCCGACAAAAACAAAUUGAGUAUGGAAGGUCUUUUGAAACUGGAAGAAAAAAUGAGUCGAGUUCAGCAAGGAUUUUAUCACGAUCGGAAAGAGAUGAAUCAACGUCUUAUUGAUUUAGGAGAUGGUGAACAUGUUAACAAGUUUGUUUUCCUCCAAAAAAAUUCUACAGUGAUCCUUUUCUUACAGAAUCCGCGCGCAAAUUAAUAAAAUGGAUGCUGUUCAUGAGGAUAUGGAGAAAGCGCAAGAUCGAAUAAGGGAUAAAGUUGAACGACAGAUCCCUCAAGAUGUAUGUUGUUUACUCAAAAUUCUCCUUUAAAUUCAUCAUCUUUCAGUUGAAUGAAUUGUCAGCAAAAGCUGACAAUAUCAAACAUCAGCUUAACACACGAAUUGAUAACGAGGAAGAGGAAAGGUAAUUUUGAAAAAAAAAAUUUAAAAAUGAAGAAAAGUGAAAUUUGACAUUCUUAAGGUACUUAGCGAUAAAGGAACUACAAGAGGCUUAUUCUCAACUACAACAGAAUCAUAAACCAGGUUCUGAUACACAAAUGAAACGAGAUGUAGACGAAUGCAAAAUUGCGAUUAAAAAGUUGGCGGAAUCUGUGACAACUGUAAAAAAUGUUCUGGAUCGCAAAAUAACUGAAGAAUCUAGAAAGGUUAGUACUUUUGAUUCAAAAAUGUUGAGAUCCUCAUUUUUUCCAGAGAGAAGAAGAUAUUUCAAAUUUGAAGCGACAGAAGUAA